AUCGCCACACGCCUCACGGCAGCCCCGGAGCACUCAGUUAUACCAGGGCCUGGAUACGCAGGAGUAUCAGGCUCCAACACUUACUCACCUAGCUAGAUAUCUUCAUCUAUCUAUAUAGGCCCUGCGGUGGCUGGCUUAUUGCAGAGCACAGAGGGUCAUUUGACUACGAAUCGAGUCUAUCUCUGGGGCGCCCACUACCCCCUCAUUCAUACGACAAUUGACAAUAGCCUACAAAGUCCCGCCGUAACUCUGUACAAUUCAUCAUCAAGGGUUAAUUCAUCCAAUUUACCUGAGGCGUCUCCUUUCCCUAGAUAUAACCACUCCACACUUCCAACAAAUCAAUAGCUCCAGUCGUGUCGCCGGUGAUGGAGCGUGUGUUCCCCAUUCGAUGCUUUGUCUUCGAAGACAGUAUACACAAUCAGAAUAAAGGUCAUCAAGCAAGCUUCCGUGAAAAACCCAGCGGUCCUCUCAUCCCAUCUGACAGUAUUGAGGCCUUGACGUCUUCCCAACCAGCCGUACAUGAGGCAAGACCGCAUUAUCCUGAAAGUCAAAGUGCGGCAACACGUCCUGGGUUUCCAUAUCUGCAGACUCAAAAGGAGAUUUUGCAGCCAGAAAUACAACUUCCGAAAACCUCAGAGGACGAACAGGAGCAGGUAUGUAUCUUGGGAACUAUCCAGUCAUAUGGAAUGUUGGUCGCGUUGAAGGAAGAAAGCAACGGUAUAUUUGAGGCUCUCGCCGUUAGUGAGAACUCUCAUGCACUUUGCAGGUACUCUGCGGGGGACAUCUUUGCACUGGACAGCUUUUCCAGCAUAUCUCCAGAGGAGAAGCGCCCAGCCUUUGCACGCCAAGCAAGUAUUUCUCAUACUGUUUAUGGACCCUCUGGGGGACUUGAUACCUUGUUGGUGUGCUAUUCAUUGUGCGGGGAUAGACCAGUCGGUCCUAAUAUGUGAAUUCGAGCCUCUAAUCCAUCCCCGAAUCGCUAUGAUGGCUCCACUCUCGGACAUUCAAUCGCCAUUGGAGAACCAAGAGGACGAUCCCAUGGACGCCGCUGAAAUCCAAGGGAACACGCUCCGGUCUCUUUGCCAUUCAUCAGGGAUCGAUGACCUCUUUAACGGAGACGGGAGAGCUACCGAGAUCCUGAGUGUAAUAUCACAAAUCCAACAACGGCUCUCUGCCGCCAUUGUUAUCCAAGAUCUCCUGAACAUUCUCGUCGGGGUAAUGCAGGAGCUAACAAAGUUCGACCGCUGCAUGGUAUACCAAUUCGACAACUCUUUCAACGCAAGGGUCGUAGCAGAACGAGUUCACCCUCGUUUGGGUAGAGAGAUCUAUAAUGGACUACACUUCCCUGCAGUUGAUAUGCUCAAGCAGGCAGGAGACGACUAUGGGAUCAAUAGUAUACCAAUGCUAUUCGAUCGACAGCAAAAGCCUGUGCGCCUUCCCGGCCGUAACGGUACCGACGGUAUGACGCCACUCGAUCUUACCUACGCGUAUCUAAGGACAAUGGCUCCGGUUCAUGUCAAGUACUUGGAGGACAUGGGAGUACGUUCGACGAUGACGGUGUCUCUCCGCCAACAGGGUGAGUCUUGGGGCUUGAUCUGCUGUCAUUCAUAUGGCCUCGCCACGACCAGGAUUCCCUUUCCAAUUCGAACGCUUUGUUACUGGGUCAGUCAGUGUGCUUCAAACUGCCUAGACAGGCUUUUAAAUGUCCCUUUGGUUCAAUCUCGCAAGCUUCAAAACCCCCUUCACGUGGACAAGACCCCGGAUGCGUUUAUCAGUGCGUCUUCCGAUGAGUUAUUAAGGCUAUUCCAGGCUGACUCAGGGUUUCUGGUAGUUAAGGGAGAAGCCAAAACGAUCGGAAGGUUAGCGUCGUACCAAGAAGCCAUCACGCUCCUCAGAUAUUACCGUUCCGAAGUUGAUACCGCCGCCAUGACGAGGCUCGUGUAUGGAAAUUUUAUCAGAGUUUGGCGGGAGAAAGAAGCAGCACUCCAAGAUACUCGAAUGAAGCGGCUGCUCAUGCUCAAUGCUUCUCAUGAAGUCCGGACCCUGCUGAACAUUUUGGUCAACUAUCUUGAACUGGCUUCAGAGAGACCGUUAGACAAGCCGACAAAGGAAAUUCUGUCUAUGUCACACACGGCCUCGAAAUCUCUAAUCUACUUUAUCGAUGACCUACUGCAUCUUACUGGAAAUAGAGACGGACCGAUACCACCUCUUGAAGAAGCUUUUGACAUCAGAUUGGGGCUACAGCAUACCUUGGAGCAACUCAGGCAGCAUGCGGUUCGAAAAUCCCUAGCUUUCGAAGUCUUCGUACAUCCCGAAUUUCCACGUUUCGUGCAAGGUGAUCUGCUACGCCUUCAGCAAGCCGUGUUGAGCUUAGUCUCUAACGCGAUACAAUAUACAUACAGUGGCGGCGUCACCAUCCAGUUGGGUCAGGUCUUUGAAACAGAAACGGACUGUCUAGCUCAGAUUGUAAUCCAGGAUAGCGGAGUUGGCAUGUCAGAUAACGAGCUUGAUGACCUGUUCAUGGACCUUGAAGAGGUAAGCGGUGAAGACUUCCAGGAGGAGGAAUCACCCCUAGAGGUAAAGUCCCGUAUUUCUCGCGACGGUGUGAAAUCUUUGAAGUUGGGACUGGUUCUCGCGCCAGUCGCACGGUUUGUGAAAACCCGGAAUGGACAGAUCCGACUGAAGUCCACGAAAGGGAAAGGCUCAACAGUCACCCUGGACUUACCUUUUAGGCUUUGCCCGGAGGCUACACAUCCAUUUCAAUCCAGUCUCAAUCUUCAGGCCCAAUCACCAGGAUCUGCUCAGCGAAAGUCACUUCCUGGGCGCCCCAAGUCGGAACGAGAAAUAUCCUAGACAACAAAGCAUAAUCGCUUCACCUUCAGAAACAUACUCCCCUCCAUCAACCGAUGAAAUGCAAGAUCUUGGCGAUCGUCAUCUGACGGUGCUGGUUGCCGACGACAACCCCAUCAACCUCCAAAUUCUUCAACGGAGACUGGGGAAAAUGGGACACGAGGUCAGAGUUAGCUGGGAUGGUCAAGAAUGCUUUGAUUUAGUGAAGGUCCAUUAAAGUGCUAUCGACUUUAUCCUAAUGGACCUUGAAAUGCCAUUUGUUAAUGGCUGGCAGGCCACUCAGAUGAUCAGGUCGCUGGAGAAAACCACGGCAGACAUCCCGCACUCCACGGAUGAAUAUGGCAGAAUACCGAUCUUUGCCAUCUCAGCGACUCUACGGAAGGAGCAACGACAAUCCUUCGCCAAAUCGGGAUUCGAUGGCUUGCUACUUAAACCGGUUGAUUUUAAGAGAUUGGAACUCAUACUUUCAGGUGCUUUCAAUGCGGACUCACGCAAGAGGGGCCUGUACGAAGAGGCGUCGUUUCAGCAAGGAGGCUGGUUUUCAGAGCGUUGUGUUGACAUCUCAGAGGAAUAAGCCAGAGAGAAGUCCUCAUGUAAAGGAUGGCAGAAAGACUGUGUUGGUAGGUAGCAGAGUCUGAAGAAGCGGCCUUGGACGCUAGCUGCUAUUUUUGUCGAUAACAACGCACAUUGAAGGCCGAUAACGACCAGUGCAAACAGGCGAAGCAAGUAACAGGUCCAUCGGCACAGCCGACAGCCUGAAUGCUAGCCACGUUGGGGCAGAGGUGCAUUGCAAGC